AACAACAGCCUUCUUCCCGGAAUGCCCCGCGUGAGCGUUAUGAGUGAGGCGGAAGUAGAUGCGAGGAAGCCCCGCCUCAUAACAAUGAUGGGGCCAAGAUGGCGCCUGGCGAUAGCUGCGCUUGUGGGCUUCGUCGUUCCUGCCCCCGGGUUGGCUGAAGUGGCUUUGGAAAGUGAUGGGCAAAACCCAGCCAGUUUGCCUGGGGCCACGCCGUGUUGGCAGAGCGAGGAUUUCGUGGUGACCCAGCAGUGCGCUCCAUGCCAGAGUUUUCAGUCGAAAACGAUGCCAGAAUGCAGUGUGACGGGCUUCGUUGAGCAGAUCAACUGCAGCGCUUCCAAGAAGGGUGAAUACAAGAGCUGCCGUUCCAUGGAGAUGGAAGCCCGCAUCUUCUGGAAGUUCGAGGGCGCCAUGCUUGGCGUGGCGGCCGUCUUCGCCCUGAUGGUGGUGUGUCGGCAGCGCAUGCUCGACCGCAGAGCCUUGGAGAAAGUGCGCAAGCAGAUAGAAUCCAUCUAGUUGCGCCGGCGUCUCUCGCCGCUCUUUUCGGAACAGAACUUAGCGGCAGCGGCUGGGGGGCAGUGGCAGGAACGAAUCUUCCAUUGGACUGUUUGGAGGAGGGAACGAGCACCCUGUGCUCAUUGGAAAGUAUUUCCCCCCUUCACUUCCGGCCACUAGGGAAUGCUGCUUCCCACACCUGGGACUUAAAGGCACUUGGACUGAAACUGUUGCAUUGAGACGCCGGCAACUUGCUUUGUUUUCUGAACAUCUUGGGCACUUGUACGAAGAACACUCCCGCACCCCACGUUGCCUGUGGUUGCAUCCUGACUUGGUUUGCUGCGUGGCCUCGAUCUGUUGCAAACUCCUCGGCCUCUCUAGCCUGUGUUGGAUUCAAAGGAGCAAGCCCGGCAUCUCCCUAGUCAUACCACUGUUUUAUUAAAGACCAGAAACCCCAGCGAGCAUCUCUAAAUCUUGUAAGGAAAGUGACUGAUCUCUGCCCUUAUUCAUGCAAUCCCAAA